AGUGCCGUUUCCGCCCGGCCCGGGGAGAAGCCGCCGCCGCCGCCGCCGGGGGAGGGGCCGCCGCUGCCGCGGCCGAGCGCUCGCUCUCGCCGGCUGCCCGGAACACGCCGUGGCGCCGAGCCGGGCCUGGUGCCGCGCAGGGGCCCGGGAAACGGGCCGGCCAGGUUUCCCCAUGUCCGUGACGUGUUGGCCGAGGCUCUGCGGCUCCUCUCCGCCCUCGGAGCGGCCAGUCGCUGCCCUCUGGACUCCGUGAUCCCCGACGGGCGUCAUGAGCAUUGCAAUCCCUCUGGGAGUCACCACACCAGAUACGUCCUACUCCGACAUGGCUGCAGGAUCGGACCCAGAGUCUGUGGAAGCUAGUCCAGCUGUCAGUGAGAAGAAUGUGUACUCCAGCCACGGCUAUGGGGCCACCCAGAAACACAGCUAUCGCGGGCUGCCUUACGCAGAUCAUAAUUAUGGAGCCCCUCCUCCUCCAACACCGCCAGCCUCUCCUCCUGUCCAGACCAUUAUACCUCGUGCAGAACUGAAUGGCCUGCACUCUCCCGAUGAGAACUCUGGGGAUAGUGAAAGCUCCUCAGAAGGAGAAUCAAUUCCUGCUUGGUGCCACUGCAGUGUCUCCCAAGAUGGUUUCCUCCUCAAGUGUGAAAAGUGCAGCCUGACAAGUGUUGGUGGCACCAGGAGUGGAGAUGAGGAUGUUAAAUCGAUGUUCUUAUCAUCCUGGGCCCCACUGAGGGCACGCAUCUUGUGACAUCCUGUUGAAUUUCAAGUGACUUUACUCCUACAAACCAGCUUCAAUUGUGCAUUCUCCUUUGGCAGAGGAAUGAGCAGGGGGAAGGUGAUCAGACUCCGCCGCCGGAAGCAGGACAACGUGUCAGGCGGGGACAGCAGUGCCACUGAGAGCUGGGAUGAAGAACUCUCUCCCUCCACAGUGCUGUACACGGCCACGCAGCACACACCGACCAGCAUCACGCUGACCGUCAACCGCGUCCGCAGGAGCAAACCCAAGAAGAGGAAGAGGAGUACAGAAAAGGCUCGUGCUGCUCCAAAGGCCAAAAAGAUCAAGGCUUUUCGAGAGGGCUCACGAAAGUCUCUGAGGAUGAAGAAUUCCCCUUCUGAAGCACAUGCCUUGGAUGAAAACACAGCUGAAGGGUGGGAGAAUCGGAUACGCCUCUGGACGGACCAGUACGAGGAAGCCUUCACGAACCAGUACAGUGCUGAUGUGCAGAACUUGCUGGAGCGUCAUCUAAACUCAAAUAAAGACUAUGUGGGAAAAACUGCUAUGCUGGACACAAUCAACAAAACAGAGUUGGCCUGCAAUAAUACUGUUAUUGGGUCCCAGAUGCAGCUGCAGCUGGGAAGGGUGACUCGGGUUCAGAAGCACCGGAAGAUCCUGAGGGCAGCAAGAGACUUGGCACUAGAUACCCUUAUAAUUGAGUAUCGAGGGAAAGUUAUGUUACGACAGCAAUUCGAGGUCAAUGGGCAUUUCUUCAAAAAGCCAUAUCCCUUUGUGCUGUUCUACUCCAAGUUCAAUGGCGUUGAGAUGUGUGUUGAUGCCCGCACCUUUGGUAACGAUGCCAGGUUCAUCAGGCGGUCUUGCACUCCAAACGCAGAGGUUCGUCAUGUGAUUGCUGAUGGGAUGAUCCACCUGUGCAUCUAUGCUGUUGCCACCAUUGCCAAGGACACAGAGGUUACCAUCGCCUUUGACUAUGAGUACAACAUCUGCAAUUAUAAAGUGGACUGUGCGUGUCACAAGGGGAACCGGAAUUGCCCUGUGCAGAAACGUAGCCCAAAUGCUGCAGAACACCUACCUCCACCUGUUUUAGGCACACUGAUUGGGGCAGAAACACGCCGGCGAAAGGCGCGUCGAAAGGAGCUAGAAAUGGAACAGCAGAGCAUUGCGUCGGAUGAAAACAGCAGUCAGCAAACUGAGGAAGUUCCUGAGGGACCUGCAGCAGUCAGUGACAAUGAGGUGCCAGAGAAGGAGGAGAAACAAGAAGGGGAGAAAGAGGAGUCUGUAGAUGAACAGGGAGCCUUGGUCCACAGCAGACGGUCCCGGGAAGACAGGAAGGUAGAAGCCAUCAUGCACAUGUUUGAGAACUUAGAAAAGAGAAAGAGGAGACGAGAGCAACCAUCAGACCGUAACAACACUGAUGCUGAAAUCAAUGUCAAUUCGGAAGCUCCUGAGCUGGAAGAAGUAAAAGCAGAGACUCCUGAAACAGAAGAUGGAAGUUCAGCACUGAGUGCUCCUGCUCCUCCUCCUCCUCCUCCUCCUUCUCCUCCUCCUCCUCCUCCUCCUCCUGUUUCUAACAGUACGAGCAGUACUGGGGUGAACACACGACGGUCCUCACAAGUAGCGGAUGCCGUCCCCGAAAAAACAGUGACUAAGCCAGCUCCAGCAAAACCCUCCAGGCCCCGACCAAAAAGUCGCUUCUCUCGAUACCGGACCAGUUCAGCACAAAGACUGAGAAGGCAGAAACAAGCCAAUUCCCAGCAAGCUGAACUCACACAGGCUGUCCCAGAGGAAGGAAGCACUGCCAGCUUGGUAACCACAACAGAUGUCAGCAAUGUCGAAGGGCCAGGAGAAGGCAGACAGUUGACAGGAUCUGAUCCAACUGCUAUCCUGGCUACAGGAUCCCAGUCUAAUCGAGCUGCAGUAAAGUACCCCAAAACAAAAAAGUACCUUGUCACUGAAUGGCUGAACGACAAGGCAGAAAAGCAGGAGUGUCCAAUUGAGUGUCCUCUGCGCAUUACGACAGACCCAACAGUUUUGGCAACUACCCUAAAUAUGUUGCCAGGACUCGUGCACUCCCCGCUGAUUUGUACCACACCUAAACACUACAUUCGCUUUGGUUCGCCCUUCAACCCUGAGAGACGUCGAAGGCCUUUUCUGUUGGAUGGCAUUUACAGCUCCUGUAAGAAGCGCUGGAUCAAACAAGCCCUGGAAGAGGGGAUGACUCAGACCUCACCAGCUCCACAAGAGAACAGAACCCAGUGUCUAUACCAAAGCAAUGAGAACAGCAGCUCCUCCAGCAUCUGCAAAGAUGACACAGACUUGCUGAGUCCCCUGAAGAAAUGGAAGUCUCGCUACUUGAUGGAGCAAAACGUGAAGAAGUUGCUGCGGCCGCUGUCUCCUGUCACCCCCCCGCCUCCCGUCCCUUCGGUCCCGGGCGCAGCGAGCCCACAGCUGGCCACGCCCUGCUCGUCCCUGCCCGGGGAGGAGGAGACUCGCAAUGGUUACGGCAUCAUGUUCUCACCCAUCCCCUCUCUGGCUGCCAGCCGCUGCAAUACUCCACUACAGUUCGAGAACGUAUCCUCCCCUGAGAGCUCCCCUGCGCAUAGGCCCGAGUCCAUGUCACCUGAGGUCUGCCUUCGAUCCGACUUGGAUUUGAAGGGUGGGUACCUGGAUUCCAGUGCAAACACCUGCCAGGAACGACCAUCGCUGCUCAGUUUUGCAUCCUCUGAUGUGGCUCCGCAAUCCUCCAUAAACUCUACUUCAGAGAUGAACUUCCCAGGGAAAAGUGGGGAAGCACAGAUGCUGCUACGAAGCUCUGAUCAGGCUUUUCGGACAGAGUUUAAUUUAAUGUAUGCCUUCUCCCCAUUGAACGCUAUGCCACGUGUAGAUGGGUUGUUGCGGGGCUCUCCUCCUUUGGGAGAGAGGAAGCCAGUGAAUUCGGAAGCAGGAUGCUGCAGCUCUCCUGCUGAAGGGUAUUUCAGCAGACACGAGUCAGCGUUGCUCAAAGAGACAGUGCAUGGAUCCAUGUCUCCCUGCGGCGAGAGGGCUUCUGAGGGCACCAGAGCUGCUCCCCAGAAUCCGCCACAAAGGAAGAAGGUAUCGCUCCUCGAGUACCGCAAGCGGAAACAGGAGGCCAAGGAGGGCGGUGAUUCCAGGCGCGGCGCAGGGACCCCCACCCGACAGGGCAGCAGCGGCUCCGGGACUGACACGGACGGGAAUGGCCUGUCAGGCUCCACAGCACGAACUCCGUCCUCCCCACAAAGUGGCUUCUCCCCUUCUCAUCCCUCCCUGCCUCACGUAGAGGACAUCAGCCCACCAGACUCGAGGGGCUGUAGUUCCUCAUCAUCGCUCAGUAAAUCCCAGGAGAGCAUCAGCAGUAGGUGGAUGGUCCCGACGUCAGUGGAGAGGCUGCGGGAGGGCCGGGGGAUGCUGGAGAAGGUGCUGCGGAGCGGUGCAAAGGUGUCCCAGAGACACGAAUCCUCCCCCACCCAGGACAAUGCUCUCGAGAGAGAUGCAGCUGAAAGAAGUCGUCUUGUCUCCUUCAUCCUAGCACAGCAAAAUGCAGCAGAAGGAGACACUCCAGAAGCCCACAAAGGACCGGCAGUUUACAGUCCUUCUCGAUACAGCUACCAGCUGCUGCAGUCUGACAGUCCCCAGGCAGAAUCACAGACCCUGCUCCAGCAGAGCUCCUCCCCAUACAGAGGGCACCUCGCGCCGUCUCCUGGAUACAGCUACCGAGCAGCAGCACAGAGGACAGGACACAGCCUGUCCCAUGGUUCCUCGGAAACAUCCCUCUCCUCCACCUCAUUUUCCAGCCCUGCCCACUCGGUCUCCACAGACUCCUCUGCCCUGUUUGCAGGGAAUUCGGGGUAUUUCACCAGCCAGCAGCACUCUGGCAGCGUCAGCAGCAGCCUCCUGAGGAAGAGCUGCCCUGCGGCUGCCAGCCCGGCACAGCAGACAGCUGUGGACUCAAUCUCCUCGGAGUCGGGCUCCCAGCCCUGCACAGGCGUGUCAGGCUCUUCCUCCGCUCCCCAAAGUGCUCGGUCACUACAGUCAGACUUGCGGACUAUCAGCCUGCCGAACUCUGGGCAGUCUGUUCUCUACCAGGGCUCCCGGGGCGCAGUGAUUUCUAAUGCACAACACUAUCCACAUCGUGGGGGAAGCAGUGUCCAUCAGUACAGACUGCAGCAGCUUCAAGGUUCUGGAGUAAAGACUCAAACAGGACUUUCCUAGGGCUGCCUGGACUUCAGGAGGACAAAACUGCCCAUAGCUUCUUCCAGUCACCUCUGGAAGUGGCUCCUGGGCCGGUAUUGGGAGUUUGCACCUGAUGCUGGGGUGCCAGGGGUCAGAGGCUGAGGUCGAAAAUGCACGGGUGAGAUUUGUGAGCAGUAUUGGCCUCUGGCCUGGUAGGAGAACACAGAUUUCUCUGAGGCAGAGACUGUAGCAAAGCAGUUCCCUAACAUGUGGGUACAUUGCAAAAACAAAAAGAAACAAACAACAAAAAAAAAGGAA